GGGGGGGGGGCGGCGGGGAGGUCCCUCGGGCCGUGCCGUGGGGCGGUGUGACCCCUCUCGUUCAGUUUGCGGCGGAGCGCGUUUGGGCUUGCUUAUUUUUGGUGUUUUCAGGUGAAGUGCACGGUGUGUGAAAACAUCUCUUUGAGCCUCUGUAGUAGGUCUGUGGUAGAUGCUGGGAGAGGCAGAGCUUUGGGGUGCCCUGCAGGGCUUUUGUUAGUGCUACUUCCUGGCUGCUCUCCUGGACAGCCGUGAGGAAGCUGUGCUGUGGUGGAGACUUUUUCCUGAUAUGUACAACAGAGAACUUCCCCUGAGACUCUUUCCCUCGUGGGGAAACUUACCAUAAUGGCUUACAUGGCAGCGAUAAUUUCUUUUAAAAUAUAGAUGUAGAAGUACAGUUUAGUGACCUCUUAAACUUACUAAUUUUCACAGAUAAGCCAUGCUAUAUUAAUACUCUGGAAAAUGUGUCUUAAAAGUUUUUAGAACUCUGGCAAGUAUGACAGCAAUAUCUUUACAGCCACCUUGAUUGAAAGAGCCUUUAUGUGCUGCAGUGGCCACAGUGUUAUCACUGGGGGGGCACGUUUUACGUGAAGGAAUAAAUCAACACAAUCAGAUGCUAAGAUCACCCACACAAAGAAAUACACCUGUGUGAUCAUGACUAAUCUCGAAAUACUUAGGGAUAGGUCGGUCGAUCCAAACUUUUGAGCUUAUCGGUUGCAAUAAAAUCAGUGAAGAACAUCAAAUUAACACAUGUUAUACAUGGUAACAUGCAGCUUGUGCUCUCCCACAGAAAAAAGAAGUUCUUGUCAUUCAUGUGAUAAUUUUGGUUAUGGUAAUCCUUAAUUUUGGUUUAGGAAAUAUUGGAAAUACCCAAAAUUUUGGAUUCAUAAUAAACUGAAAUUGUCAUUUCUUUGGAAAAAUUAGAGUGAUUGGAAAUCGUACUUCUUAUGUGCAGUACAGCAUCUACCCUGUUCCCACUGAGUUUUCUUGUCUUACUAUUUCUUAUAAGAGUUAAAGUUAGGAGAGUUUGUGUUCAGUUGUUAAUUUUCUUCUUUUUAUCCCCACAAUGUACUUGCCACGAUUGGCGUAAAAUGAACUUCAUUUAAAAAAUUCUUCUAAGUAAACGGGUAAGAUCUAAUUUGCAAAUAAAGCCUCUUGGGAGGCUGCUGAUCCUUUUGUAGUGAAAUGCGAGUCUCUUACUGUGAGUUGUCAGAAGAGAGGAGGAAGACAGUUAGAAUAACUGCAGAAUAAAUUGAAGACGUGUGUCACGUUCCUGUGUGCCUGUGGUCAUGGGAAAAGUGCCCUUUAAUUGUGGUGGUGUGGGGAAUCUCAUAGCAGAGAUUUCAUAAGACUAGCCAGAUAAAUGACCAAAGAAAGUACUUUGCAUGUUUAGGGGUGAUUGGAAUUAAAACCUGCUUCAUUUUUGCUCUCACCUUCAAAACUCUGAAAGUAACAUCUGGUCUUGGGCAAAGGGAGCAAUUUUUGGCCAUUGGGCUGUUUGGACAGCAAGUAGUUACUCAACAAACACAUUAUCCCAAACUGUUUAAUUGUGAGGCAUUGGAAAGAUCAGCAAAAUUAGAUUCUCUUUUUGUUAACUCUAAGGUAGAUUUGAAUUUAGAUCAAAACUGAACUGUAUCUUCCCUGUGAAGAACUGUAGAAAUCUUAGACUGAGGCUGGUUGCUGGUAGGACAGCUUGUAUUUUUUCUACUGCUAUGCUGGUAACCUUGGUUAUUCUAUCAAACCUUUGCUCAUUAUUUUAAUACUGGCUCUGCAGUUAUUUCAGUACAUAGUUAGCUACAGUCAAUCCCUUACUGGAUGUUUCUUGUUUUUAGAAAGGAGGAAUAAGAGUCUGAAGAACAGUAUUCAAACUGAAUCUGUCAUCUGUUUUUGUCUUAAGUUGCACCCUAGUGAUUUGAGUAGGAUGGUAAACAUGAAUGUGGAUUGUGGAUCUGGGCCAUAAAUUCUUAACAUUUUUAACUAACCUAGAUUGCUUUUUUCUUAACUACUGUGUUGCAGUAGCUCUCAGUUAUGCUGUCCCUUUAGCCUCUUAGAAAUUUGGUAAAAGAGCUUGUCUUCACCUGUCAAUUUCCAUUGCAGUCAGCAAACUUUUCUGUCUAGUGUUGUGGACGGUGAACCUAUCAGCCUUUGUUUUCCUGUCAGCAUAAUCAUUGUACAAAUGAUGUCAGAUGAGCUCUGGAAAUACUGCUUGUGGGUUGUUGGUGUCAAAACCCAGGAGCGAGCAUAAAAUGUUGGCACAAAGAAGGCUACGUGUACUGUUGGCUUGUCAAAGCUAUAGUUCCUGCAAACCAAACUAAAAUCUGAUAGCCUAGGAAACUUGAUACCUGCACACCUAUUUCUUUUUGUAAGUUAUACUCAUAAAGUCACAAUUUUGGUAACAUAAAAGUAUGGUGGAAGGCAUAUCUGCCCCUCUGUUUUUCAUCACGUGUUCUUACUGUCAGUUACCAACUGAAGGAAAUUGAAUUAUUCUUUUCCCUGCUUGUGGAAUUCUCUUUCAUUCCCCUCCUGGGUUUCUCCCUACAAAACCCAAUUGUUUCUGGAAAUUACUUCUUCAUCCUCAGUUGCACAUUAUUCUGCCACUGUUUGGCAGUGAGUUGAGACUCUUCCUGUUAUGAUUUCAUUUCCAUGUUAAGGCAUCACUACAGCCUUGUUUUGCUGUUGGAAGAGGGCUGGCUGUGAUUUCUGUAUGAGCCUGCUCACUCAUUUGGUCAAGUAAGCUUGCCGACAAAUUGUUGGGACAGCUGUUUCUUUAGGAAGCACUACAUAGCAAAAACAGUAUGGACGCAGCAUCGAUAAUUGCUUCUGAAGGUUAUAGGGAAAGUGGUGCCUGUUGUUUAUCCCUUCUAAUCUCUAUAGUGUUUGUGAAUUUCAACUUAUUGGCAUGUAGUUCUGUCCUUAGGUAGCAUGCAUCAUCUGUGGUCCAGGAAGAAUAGGAGUGAAUGGCUACAUUAUACAUUUUCUGCUGUUUCUCCAGGGAUGCUACGGAAGUGCAAUUGUUAUAAACAAUGAUGAAUGUUUGCCGACUGCGUUUAACAGUACCACCUGAUGAAGUCUCACAGCCUGAACAGGGAGCAAAAGAACCUGAAAGAAAGAAACAAGAGCUCUACCAUGUACCAAAUGGCAUGUCUCCGGGGAAGCUCUCUCAUGGAAUGGUAUAUGGCGUUGUGCACCGGACUGACAACAACCAUAAGAGGGAAAUGGUGGUUUAUGGCUGGUCAGCUGAUCAGCUGAAAGAGGAGAUGAAUUACAUUAAAGAAGUGAGAGCAACUCUGGAAAAAGUAAGAAAGAAAAUGUAUGGGGAGUAUGAUGAAAUGAAACGAAAAAUACAGCAGCUUACGAAUGAACUGAAAGUGACAAAUGCUCAUCAGGAAUCCUUAGAGAAUCAUGUGCGAGUGCAGGCUGCAGCCUUAGAUAGCUUUAGUGAAAUGAACAGCUCCUUGACAUCAGCAUCAAUAGACUUGCAGAAAACUUUGGUGGAUGUUACUUUGGAGAACACUGAUAUAAGGGAACAAAUAAGGAAUUUAAAACACACACAUGAGCAAUCUAUGGAAAAGCUGAGAGAGAAGCAAAAACAACUGGAAACAGCACAAAUUGAAAAUCAGUUACUGAAAUUAAAGGUGGAAUCAUCACAAGAAGCCAAUGCUGAAGUCAUGAGAGAGAUGACGAGGAAACUGUAUAAUCAAUAUGAGGAAAAAAUGAGAGAAGAGGAGCAGAAACAUAAAGCUGAGAAGGAAAUCCUCCUAGAGGAAACCAAUCGGCUUCUGAAGGCAAUUGAGGAGUCAAAUAAGAAGAUGCAGAUUACAGAAACAAGUAUAAAGGAGAAAGACCAGAGAAUUGGUGAGCUGGAUCGGUUGAUUGAACGCAUGGAAGAGGAACGUCACCAGCUGCAAAAACAACUGGAACUAAAUGAAAUACAGCUAUCUGGAGCAAAAUCUGAAAGCAACUCUGACAGUGAGAGGUCACAGCAUUUGGAGGAGGUAGCAGCUAGCCUAAGGGAGAGAAUAAAGCAUCUGGAUGAUAUGGUCCACUGCCAACAGAAGAAAGUUAAGCACAUGGUUGAGGAGAUUGAAAUGCUAAGAAAGAAAGUCAAAGAAAAGGAAUUAUUUAUAAUACAGCUUUUAGAAAAGAUUUCUUUCUUAGAGUGUGAGAAUAAAGAAUUACAAGAUAAAUUGGAGUAUUUAAUGGAAAAUCAACCAAAGACCAAUGUAGAAACCAGAGAUGCUGGUGUAGGAUGUGAUCUUCCAUCUAGUACAAGUAAUGAUAAUGGAAGAUCUCCUGAAAGCACAAGACCAAUGAGGACAUACACCCCAUUCAAGAGAGUGUUGGAAUAUAGCACAAAGAACAGUACCUCUUGAGCGUUCAAGUCAGUGUGCUUUCUAAAUACAAACAAGUAUUUUGCGCCUUUGCAGCUUGAUUAGAUAAAUUUUUAUCAAGUCAUAGAGAAGAACAGCAGCAUGGAGUCUUGCUAAAUUUAUCCUGAAAGCAGCUUUUUAGUAGCUUCCUAUCUGAAGUUACUACCGACAUUAACUGUGAGAGAGAUAGGCAAGAAGUGGGAUGAAUGAAACGUCAGUCUAUAUUGCUUCUUUAGAAGCUGUCUAGUGCAAUGUGUCAUUUCAAAUACCUACAAGGAAGGGGUUGUAUAGAUGUACAGAUUUUCUUCAAAUGUGUUCUAAUUCUGUUUGUACAAUGAAUCUCUAUUUUAUUUUCAAUACUACUAGAAACAGAAUCUAAAACUACCUUGGCAGGGGGCAUUAAUCUCAAAGCUCCUCCUUUGUGUACAGAGAUUGAGAGCUGUUCAUACUUACCAUAGAGACCUGCGGUGACUGAGGGCCCCAUUCACACAGAACAAGGUGACUAGGAGCCAGCAUUCUCUUACUGAGAGGGAGAAAUGCAACUGGGAUCUUCUCAGGAAAUUCCCUCUACGCGUGCAGAUGAAUGUUGUGUUUGUUGCUCAAAAUAUUAAGCAAUAUAGCAGCUUUAUGAUGGAUUUUGCAUUGUUGGAUGAAUAUGCAGUUUGUACUUCCUAGUCACAGGGCAGAGAGACCAUUGGUGACACAUUCACUAGUGAUUGGGUAGGAAAAUCCCCGUUGCUUUUUUAAAAUUACUUUUGCAUUACAGGAAGGAAUUCUCACUGAACAGCAUUUUGCCUACAGUGACCUUCUGCAGUUCCUGCCAUUCCCACAUUAAUAACUAUCCUGAGCGAUUAUUUUGAUUUUGAAUAUGAUUUCAUUCCCCGCAAACUCUUAAAAUCUGAUCCCCAACUUCAGAGUACCAGAAGAAUGCCUGCAUCUAACUACUGAAUUUAUUUAUAUAGUCUUAGUUUUUACAUUUUAUUUUCAUCUCCCAGUUUUAUUGAAAUUAACAAGUUUAGUUUAGUGUUUUCUUGUAGUCCUGUUAAUAUCAAUAUGUGGCAAGUUUUUUCUAUUACAGCAACUGCUAUAGAAAACAAACAAGUUGUUUUGUAUAAUUCUUGUACUGAAUGUGAACCCCAGGAGGUGUUCACCUUGCCACAGGACUGCAUAAAGUGAUUGUUUUUGUCUCCAGUCUAAUGCAAGUUCUUAAAUUCAGUACUUUCUGUUCAAUUAAUAUACUCAAAGUUGUAUUUAAAAUAAUAAUAUUUAACUCAUACUCCCAAUCUUAUUUAUGCAUUCUUUCAUGGUUUUCUUAACUUGCUAGAAAACUUUGUUUAUUCUGUAACUGUGCUGUUUAACUAUUAAGUAAAGAAGCCUGUACUGGAGGAUGGAGUGGAGGAUAUUUUGAUGCAGUACAAGUACCUCACAGGAACACAAGUUGCUUGGUGUAAUUAAAGCAAAAGCAAAAUAAAAUGGGAAACUCAACCUUCUCCAGCUUUUAUGCUUGGAUCAUCAUCCAUUUGCAUGUAAGCUAUUUUUUUCCUUAUGACCUGAUCAGCUCUUGAGAACUUAAAAUGGUCAUUCUUUCUAAAAAGUCAGAUGCAGUAUUGUGGAUUAUAUUAUGCAUAAAGUUCAAGAAACACUGCAGUCAGAGCCAUUGACAAAAAUGCAAUCUAUCUACUGUUGAGGUAAGGCUGUAAUCUUUAUUGGGAUAGAAGUCACAAACAUAAACUGUUGCUCAGUAUUACUUUUAAAAAGAAAAACUCAGAAUUUUACCAAGUUAACUUAAUAGCUCUAAACGGAAACUGUUUAGUUUGCAUGUGAUGGAGUGAAUAAUAUCUCCUAGAUAUCAAAAGGGAAAAGAAGACAGCUGUUGCCUUAGUGAACAGAAAUUGUAACACACAUUUACUUAAGUUGCUUCUCCCAGAGGAGAGGUGCAAUACCUCUCAAGUGGGAAAGGGCUUGAAAGGGAGGUCGCUGAGCAUCAAGAAUUCUGCUCCCUACAAAAGGUCUUCCAGACAAAGCACCCUCAUUGUGCAAAGCAGAGGAAUACCAAAUACUGGAAUAUCAAAGAUGAGAAAACAGCUGACACGUGGAGAAGCUGUAGCCUUAAUCCCAAAUAGAGUGUUCUUGAUUGAAGUUUUGAUGAUUGAGUGUGUUUGGGAGAUUGAGUUCCCAAACAACAGUUAAUUUGAUCAAUAACUAAUGAAUUAGGUUGUGUACAGUGAAGAUCUUGAAGUGGAACUCUAAAUACAAAAACAUUUUAAAUGGAAGUGUUUACUGAUGAACCCAAAAGAUGAUGGGUAAUGGCCCAACCUGAAUUUCAGGCACAAGUUUUAUAUGUGUGUAAUCAUAUCUCCCUCUAGUGGCCCAUAGCAGCAAAAAUUAUUAGCUGUUAUGUGGACGAUAUGGUUUGGAGAGAAAAAUACUGAAGGCUACCCCAGCUGGCCACACUAAUAUGCAUUAUUGGUGCAGCCUCAGUCCAUCAUCAGUCUGUUACCAUUUUAUGCGCCCAAACAGUCUGGUUUCAGGAUUGAAUUUAUGAACUGUGAUUGGUGAGUUACGUUCAAAAUCAGAUUAACUGAUGCAGGUUUUAUUUACAGGUAAAAGGAAAUGCAAGUCGUUGUGAAAUACAUUAAUCAUAAAGUUUAAUUAAGUAAAAACACUUCAUUGAUCUGUCUGGUUUGAGCCAGAAUUCAGAAAACAGAGUCUUAUAAAUAAAUGCUCUGACUGUAGUAGUAGAGAGCAGGAUGAAGUAACAGAAGGUUUUGAUACAGACUUCAAAAGGAACUUCCUUGUGCUUUGAACAUAUUUCUGGGAAUAUCUCUGAAAAUACUUCAGCUUUGAGACUUGCAAAAUGGUGAUCAUCUGCUCAAAACUGCACCCAGACUGCAGAAGUAUUUCCCGCACAAGUUUUCCAUGUAAAUUCUAUUUAUGCUGUAUUGUAUUUUGAUAUUCAGUGCAUUGGAUGGCCAUUAUUUGAUUGAACUACUGGUCUAAAUUUGGUAGCUGUGAAGAGCAGGUGAGGAACGGUAUUUAUAUAACUGUGUUACAUGAAAAUAUAGAGCUUUCCAGUCAAAUCAAUAGCAAUGUAAAUUAGCAGAGAUAAUAACAAAUCUGGCUGAAAAGAUUUUAACACUUCAGUACAAGUUUUGUCAAAUUGAGAUUGAAAUGCUUAGUAGUAUAACAUUAGAAACUAGUAAAAUUUCUGUAAACAUCAAUAAAAGCCAUGUAGGUAGGUCCCAGGAAGUGCAUUAAAUAUAAGUCAAUUAUAUGACUUCAUUUGUACCAUGGUAAGUGUUAUUCUGUGAUUUAUUCCAGAUCUUCUGGAAAGUAUUUUGGGAUACAGUUUUCAUAUAUGCUGUGUAAAUAGUGCAAUUACAUUGUAUGCUUUUAAAACAGCCUGUAUGUAAGACUUGAAAAGGAUAAACUGUAAUAAAUAUUCUAUUUAAAAUUUCUAUUCUGUUGUGUAAAUAUUCAGAAAUAAACUUACCUAAAAGCCUUGCAA